AGGUCCCGAAAGAUCAAAAAAUUAUCGACUACGUUUCCUCCCGUUUUCGAGCUCCUCUGAAACAAGAAAACAUGAAUCAGAAAACGCAUCUCAGUUUUAACCUCAAAGAAGAGUUUUUUAACAGUCUUCCCAAGGAUUAUUUACAAAACUGGCUCCCUCCACUUCACCACUAUACUAAUUUUCCACCCCAAGUGCCCAAACUGAGCAACUACUCCAGCUUCGAAGGAUCACCCACUAGCUCGAGUCUUUCGAACGAGCACCAAUUGGUCAAAGUGGGUCCCGCACACAAGCUUCCUGAUAUGGUACAUGAGAAAGCUAGCAAUGAAUAUAUGGACUUGCCAAGAAGCAAUCUCAGGUUAAAAAGGAAGAAAUGCACGACGGUCGUGAAAGAGAAUGAGUGUGUGGAAAUCAUGCAGAAAGGAGAAAAGGGAGUUUACAAGUCGAAAAAUCUCAUGACCGAGAGAAACCGGAGGAAGAGGAUCAAAGAUGGCAUGUUUGCCCUUCGUGCAUUAGUACCCAAGAUUUCGAAGAUGGAUCGAGUUUCAACAUUGGGUGAUGCAGCCGAGUACAUAAAGGAGUUGCAAGAGACUAUCGAUGGCUAUCAAGACGAACUCCAAGCAAUGGAAGAAAAUGAAUGCAAAAAUGUUAUUGCUAAACCAAACCCCACAAUGUCGAUCAAGGAAUGUUCAGAGAAGAAAGCAUCAAUUGAGGCACGAGUCGAAGUGAACCAACUCGGGAAUAAAGAGUUCUUGGUGAAGGUUGUGUGCAUGCAAAAGAGAGGUGGUUUUUCAAGGUUGAUUGAGGCAUUGGAUUCCUUAGGGCUUUGGAUUACAGAUGCAAAUGCCACCACAUUCAACAGCGCUGUACUGAAUGUUCUCAAAGUUGAGAAUGGAGGUGGAGCCGAAUACUCUGAAGCAUUCACUGUACCAGCUGGUGAGUUGAGACGCUUAAUCGAGACUAUUGAAGUCGAGAAGGCGAACAAGAAAUAG